AUGGCUGACUCCCCUACUAAGCCCAGGGCUCCCCUCCACCCUACUCUUGCAGCCCAGAAUCUGUUUCUGUCCCUGGUCCUGGUCCAGCUGGCCCGGCCUGAACCCAGUCCCAGGGCUACUACCAUCUCGCAGACCUACAACCUGGCCCGGCUGCUGCAGACCAACACCACGAAGCUGCUCAACACCUACCUGAGCGCCCAGGGCUCCCCGUUCAGUGACCCUGGUUUCAGCGCCCUGGGGCUGCGGUGGGCCGGGGUGCCGGUGGCCACCCUCCCAUUCCUGGCCUGGCGCACCAUGGGUGACAUGGAGCGGCUGGCGCGGAACUAUGGGGCCUACGCCACCUUUGAUGCCUUCCUCCAGCUGGUGAGGGACGACCAAGACGAGUUGUGCCCCAACUGCUCUGAGCUGCUGGCCAUGCUGGGCACUGCCCGGGCCCAGACUCGAGGCCUCCUGGCCAACCUGACCUACAUUAUGGCUGCCAUGGGCAUCCCGACACCCCCGGCCACAGACCCCUUGACCUCAGAGGCAGCUAGUGUGGGGGCAUUUGAGAAGAAGUGCCGGGGCUACGUGGUAUGCCGGGAGUACCAUGGCUGGGUCGACCGGACUGUGCGUGACUUCACCCUGCUCAAGGCCAAAUACCCGGCCUAA